CGGUAUCAACUCGGGUGUGCUGGUGCCCUCGCACCCUAAAACUUGACAACAAAACAAUGAAGUGUGUAUAGUGACAAAGAGACCUUACUUUGAUCCCCGAAGGUUCAGUUAAGUGUAAAAUGUGAUUACAACUGUGAUCUUUAUAAGUUAGAGCAUGAAAACAUGAUUGAACUGUUAAAAGUGAAUGACAACAAAGUAAACGGAACAAUGAGAGAUAUUGGAUCUGAUUCGUUCGUGUGCCGAGUCCAGUACCUGGACGACCUGGACCCUUUCAUGGAGUACAAUGUUCGGGAGCCUCCUCGGCCACUGUACCAUACGUUCAACACUACCAUACCCUUGUCGUACCAAAUAGCUGCCGUUCAUCGCUUGCUGCAGGCCCCACAUCGGUUGGAUGACGCAACGCUCCAAGUGUUUAAAGACGGCGACUAUGGACCUUAUUUGGACCUGGACUCAACGCUUGGCGAGCAAGAAGAAGAAUUGGAAGGUCUACAGGACAGUCGCAAAAAUGCCCUGGUCCUUCGCACUCAAUUAUCUGUUCGCGUCCACGCAAUCAUUGAGAGGUUGCUCCACUCUCAAGGACGAGAGCUUCGCAGAGCCCUGUUCACUCUCAAGCAAAUCCUUCAGUCCGACAAAGAUCUUGUGCACGAAUUCGUCGCGAACAAGGGCCUGGACUGUCUCAUGCAAGUCGGCAACAUGGCUGACCACAACUACCUGGACUAUAUCCUACGAGCACUCGGACAGAUCUUACUGUAUGUCGACGGUAUGCACGGGGUGAUGGGCCACCAGCGCUGUGUGCAGUGGCUCUAUGCUCUCAUUUCUAGCAAAUUUCGUCACGUAGUCAAAACAGCUCUCAAACUUCUUCUAGUCUUUGUCGAAUACACCGAACCAAACUGUAUGCUCCUCAUAGAUGCCAUCGUGACCGUGGAUAACUCUAAUGCUCGACAACCAUGGUACAACAUUAUGAAGAUCCUUCAGGACUUCGAUGCAUCCGACACAGAACUUCUCAUUUAUGCUACUACUUUGAUCAAUAGAUGCUUAAACAAUGUCCCUGAUAGGGACACCUACUACGAUCAAGUGGAUGCCUUGCAGGAUCAAGGCAUAGAUGAUAUUAUACAGCUGUAUAUGUCAAAACAAGGAACUGAUUUAGAUCUAUUGAGGCAACUGCAAAUUUUUGAAGCUGUUUUGCUAUAUGAGGAUGGUGACGAAACGGGAACAGCACUUAAGCAAUUGGAUGACUCGGUAAUCAACUCAAUACGCCGCAGAAACAUAAACUUAAAUAGUGAGAGAAGAACGUCUAAAAAACAACAAUGCAAAGAAAAAGCCAAACCAGUCAUCACUCAUACUGAGCCAGACAACAAAUUAACGAAUAAUAUUCGUUCAUUCUUACCACCGCUCACUGACCACAAUAAAGAGAACAAAGAACUCAGUUCAGCUUUAAGGAGAAGACGAGAUCGUUUCGCGAGGCAGGCACAUCAUAUCAUUCAGCAACAAGAGAUGUUGAACCACUCUAGUGAUAUCUACAAUGGCUUAUUCCACAACAAUGGGAGCUUCACGAGCGGCAAUGGCAGUUUCACAAGUUCAAAUGGAAAUUUUUCCACAUCCAAUGGCAGUUUGACGAGUGCUAACGGUAGCUUCGCAAGUCCAAAUGGCAGUUUCUCAAGUCUUAAUGGAAGUUUCACUAGCACUAAUGGAAGUUUUUCAAGUUCUAAUGUGAGUUUCCCGAGUAUUAUCGGGAAUUAUACCAACACCAAUGGGAGUUGUACAAAUGGGACUAAUGGAACUUACACGAAUGGAACUUACACCAAUAAUAAGAACUACGCAAAUACUACCAGUAACUUGAAUGGUAACAGUUUGACGAAUGGAGUCAACGGGCAUCACGAAGACGAAGAUAAAUACACGAAUAGGACAACGAAGAACUUUAAUCUAGCAGAUGUUUUAAAGAAUGAAAACCAAAGAUACACAUCUGGUCUCAAACAGAGAAUCCAGAAUGGGACUUUAGGACAUAGUAUGAAUGCUGUUGACGCGAUUACCGUCAUGCGACAAAAACAGACAGAUACAACUCCAGAAGUGAAGGACGACCGAGGAAUCUUGCUGAAUAGAGAACAUAGUAUCAAAGAUUUAGCACAAAGGUUGACCAGCCCUGUCAGUCCAACUACUGAGGAAAAGCCAUUACGAGUUUCUGAUAUGGCAGGAAUUGUAUCGAAAGCCAAAGAAGAAUUAGCUAAAUCUCAAUCAAAAGAAAUAAUAAAGAGCCCUACAAUAGAAAAAUCACCGAAAGUUCAUGAAAUCAAAGUAUCCGAGAAUGAUUUGCAUUGGGAAGAACUGAGAAAAGGUUGUCUACAUAGAGAAUUCCACUUAUGCGACUUAGAUUUUUCUGAUCUCCGCGAGGAUUCUGACGAUGAGAUGUCAUCGCCUGCUGUGAACGCUGCUAGCGGUCCGCCACCACCGCCACCCACAAUGUUUCCGCCAAUGGGGGUUCCUCCGCCUUUGCCAGGUUGUUUCCCUCCACUGUCUAAAAAUAACGUCCCUACUCCACCCAAACCAGCUCUUUCAUCAGAAAUGUCAAACGACUCUGAUAGCUCUACAAUAAAAAAGAAUAAGAAAACAGUUAAGUUGUUCUGGAGAGAAAUACAAGAGAAUCCAACGCCAGUUGCGAUAAGGCCGAAAGUCGGAGGAUUUAUUUGGGACGACCUUCCUGAGGUCAGCGUUGACACUGCUAUGUUGGAGCAUCUAUUUGAAUCUAGAACUAAUGAUUUGAUUAUCAAAGAAAAAUUAAUGGAACCAAAGAGAAACCUUAUUUUAGACGCUAAAAGAUCAAACGCUAUCAAUAUCGCAAUGAAAAAAUUACCAAAACCCCAAACUAUUAAGGCAGCUAUAAUGAAAAUGGAUGCAACCGUCGUUGGUAGAGAAGGUAUAGAAAAACUGCUGACUAUGUUACCCACUGAAGAAGAAAAGAUUAAAAUACAGGAGGCCCAGUACGCCAAUCCGGAUUUACCACUGGGCAGUGCUGAACAGUUCCUACUAACUCUGGCUUCUAUAAACGAACUGUCAUCUCGACUAAAACUUUGGGUAUUUAAAUUGGAUUUUGACAAUUUAGAGAAAGAAAUCGCCGAACCACUGAUGGACCUAAAGCAAGGUAUAGAAUUAUUGAAGAUGAAUAGAACCUUCAAAGUAAUUCUGUCUACGUUGAGAACCGUCGGAAACUACCUGAAUGGAAACUAUGCCAAAGGUUUCCGUUUGGAGUACUUAUCUAAAGUUGUGGAAGUUAAAGACACCGUGCAUAAGCAUCCCCUUCUGUACCACAUCUGCGAAAUGAUCAUUGGAAAAUUCCCCGAAAGCUCCGACUUUUUUAGUGAAGUCGGUCCUGUCAUCCGAGCCUCUAAAGUAGAUUUCGAUGUGCUCUCAGCGAAUCUCCAGAAGUUGGAAUCUGACUGCAAAGCAUCUUGGGACCAUAUGAAACGCGUUGCAAAACAUGAUGGGUCUCAGAUUUUCAAGACAAAAAUAAAUGAAUUCCUCACAGAUGCAGCGGAGAGAAUCAUUCUACUGUCAGUUAUCAAGAAGAGGGUGAUGAGCAGAUUUAACAAAUUCUUACUCUUCCUCGGAGUGCCUCCAUGUGAUAUACCCAAGACCAAGCCUGCAGAAUUCUUGAAGGUCAUAGCGGAAUUUUCUCUGGAGUACAGGACUACUAGGGAAAGGGUACUACAACAGUUGGAGAAAAAGGCUAAUCACAGAGAGAGAAACAAGACUAGAGGCAAAAUGAUUAUUGAUGUGGGUAACUAUUCUCACAAAAAUGGCGACCACACUGCAGAUAGUGCUUUAAAAGAACUUUUGAAAACUGACCCGGAUACCGACAGCCUCACAGACGGUAGAAGAAAGAGUCAGCCCAACAGCAGAAGAAUUCUAGUCAAUGGAGACUUAUCAGCAGACGAAGAGAUAUUGGAGAGCCUUGUGAGAUCAGCAACAUCCAAACGCAAACCAGUCACACGAGAGCGGAGAAGGAAUCGAAUUUCAGACAAGAAGAACUAUCAAAGAAUAAUCAGCUUACAUAGUUGGAAUUGCAAUUCAAAUCAGUACUCAAGAUUGAUUGAAGUGUCAGCAUAGUGCCUCUUAAUUGAGUGGUCGCAGUUCGAUUGCCAAGGACGAGCUGAAUACAGUUGGCAAAAGGCCCCCUUCUACAACAUAUUGAAUCUCAUAAUAUAGCCAACCCCCCAGCGUUUACGACAAGAUGGACUCAGUGCUGGAAUUGUAACCAAAUUCUUUAUCGUGAGAAAAUAUUAAUCUAUGAAAGUUUACUUAAUUUUUUAUCAACAACACUGUUUUAUACUUUACAAUGAAAUCACAGGAGACUUUCACUCUGUUUUACAAAGAAAGUAAAUUGAAUAGUUUUGUAUUAAUUUACUCCUAUAUUAGAUUUAGUAUGGGCAAGUUUAAUCAAAUUGUUCUGACAUUACUACAAUCAUUGCUGUCUCAUAUAUAUACAAAAGAAAGUCGUGUUAGUUACACCAAUUCUCAAGAACGGCUAAAUCGAUGUGGAUGAUAAUUGGUGGGGAGGAAGCUUAGAACUAGGAGACGGACAUAGGAUACGUUUUCAUCGAUUUUUUUUACUUUUUACCGAAAAUCACGAAUGGGAACGGGAAAAACAGGAUUGCGCGUACGAAGACGCGGGCUGAAGCUAGUGUCUUAUAUGUGUGAAAAUAAGAGACCGACGUGUCUUUCUUAAAGUUUUCAAUCAUCUUUAAUUACUAAAAAAUUGUAGCAAUUUUGAAUUAGUAUUAGUUUCUGUUAAUGCUAGCUAGCACUAGCAGUUUGUCAAUGUAAAGACCAUUUAAUAUAAGGUGGUGGUAUAAUCAUGCUUGCUUUAGGAUAAACCCAUAUUUACUUUAACAAUAUAAGUGAUGGCGCAAUGUGUGUUACAAAAUUUUGAUACACCAGUACGCAAUGAAUUAUCUGGGUGAUUCUCCAAAACAAAAACCAAAAAAUUUACGGCGUCAUUAUCCAUAAGCCAUAGUUAACAAUUCUGCUGAUUAAAAUACAAAGUUUAGUUUCAAAAAAUUAAGCCAUGUCACUGCUCUCACCCAAUG